AUAGUCAACACGAAUCGUUAUCGAAACCUGUUUAUCCAAUUUACCAAAACUCUUGAAUUAAAUAUAUCCAGACCAACAGAUAAGGGCGAUGGUAUAAAUUUCAAAAACUCAAACGCCAAGUACUCAAAAUAAUGGUUUAGCUUUAACCCCACCAAUGGGGUUUAUGACUUGGCAAAGGUUUCGGUGUAUUGUUGAUUGCAAAAGUUAUCCAGAUGAAUGUAUAAGUGAAAAUUUAAUAAAAAGACAAGCUGAAUUAAUGGUUAAAGAUGGAUAUUUAGACGCUGGUUAUGAAUAUAUAAUAAUCGAUGAUUGUUGGUCAUCAAAAGAAAGAGAUGAAAAUGGUAGACUUCAAGCAGACCCUGAAAGAUUUCCGAAUGGAAUUCCAGCUUUAGCAGAUUAUGUGCAUAAUUUUGGUCUUAAAUUUGGAAUUUACGGUGAUUAUGGGACAUUAACUUGUGGUGGGUACCCAGGCAGUAUAAACUAUUUAGAGGUGGAUGCUGAAACUUGGGCGGAAUGGGGUGUAGAUUACGUUAAAUUAGACGGGUGUUAUUCAGAAUUAGAAGAUAUGGAAGCUGGAUACGCUGAGUUCGCUAAUUAUUUAAAUAAAACCGGAAGACCUAUGGUUUAUUCAUGUAGUUGGCCUGCUUAUUUUGAAUUUGGCGGAUAUCCUGUUAACUUUGAAAUUUUAGCUACAACCUGUAAUUUAUGGAGAAAUUGGGCGGAUAUUCAAGACUCUUGGAGCAGUUUAACAACAAUCACCAAAUGGUUUGGUGAUAAUCAAGACAGAUUUAGUAAAUUUUCAGCACCUGGUCAUUGGAAUGACCCAGACAUGUUAUUAAUUGGAAAUUAUGGGUUAACAGAAGAUCAAAGUAAAUCCCAAAUGGCGAUCUGGUCGGUUAUGGCAGCCCCACUUUUAAUGUCUCUAGACUUAAACACAGUGAAACCUGAAUUUAAAAGUAUUCUCUUAAAUAAAGACGCAAUUGCCAUAAAUCAAGAUUCGUUGGGAAUAAUGGGAACAAGAAUUUAUCAGAAGAAUGAUAUUGAAAUUUGGUCCAAACCAAUAUUGCCAAUUAUUAACGGUUAUUCUACUUAUGCAGUCGCUUUUGUUAGUUAUCGAGAUGAUGGGCAUGCUUAUAGAGUUGAAGAAAAAUUGGAAACACUUGGAUUAACUUCUCCUAAUGGAUAUCUAGUUGAAAAUAUUUUUGAACCUAAUAAUGUGGAUCUUAUUGACUUUGAAAAUAUUUGGGCACGAAUUAAUCCAUCUGGGACCGUUUUCUUACGUUUAACUCCAAUUGGAAGUGUUCUUUCUAAUUAAUAAAUUGUUUUUUAAAUUUGUUGUAUGUUAAUUAAUAUAAAAUUAAACAG